AUGUCUACUCCUCGAUUCCUUAAACAAUUACAAGAAUUUUUAUCAUCAAAGAAGGAUUUCUCAAUUGUUUAUAAUACAUCUGCUUCAUUUAUAAAUCCAAAUACUCAACGUGUUUGUGUGUUAGAUUCAUCUUUUAAUCCCCCACAUUUGGGUCAUUAUGCUUUAGUUGAAGAAAGUUUAACAAAGAAUUAUGACAAUAUUCCUAUGAAGAAUAAAGCCGUGUUAUUAUUGUUAUCGGUGAAGAAUGCUGAUAAGAUACAUCCAAAACCAGAAUCAUUUGAAACAAGAUUAGAAUUAAUGUAUAUCAUGGCUAAUCAAUUGGCUAGAAAGUAUCCGGUGAAUAUAGCAAUUGGCUUAACAAAUCAUGCUAAAUUUGUUGAUAAAUCAUUGUCAGUGCUUAAUUAUAUCAAAGAAACUGAAAAUUCCCAUAGUCCUGAUAUAAAAUUGACAUUUUUGGUUGGAUUUGAUACUUUGAUUCGAAUUUUUAAUCCAAAAUACUAUUUACCAGAUAAAUUGACCAAUAGUUUAGAGCAAUUCAUGAAGAAUACUGAUUUGUUUUGUUUAACAAGAACAGAUGAAACAUUUACUCAUGAUCAACAAUCAAAAUAUGUUGAUGAUAUUAAAAGUGGAAGUCAUGAAGAUAUUCCUUCACAUUGGUCAGAUAAUAUUUAUUUGUUGGAAAAUAUUGGAAAUAAUAACAGAAUAUCAACAAUUAGUUCUUCUGCAAUUAGAGAUUGUAUUAAACAUCAAGACGAAAUUUGGAAAUCUGAAGUUUUACCAGAUGUUACCGAAUACAUUAUACAAGAGAAUUUAUAUAAGCAUUAA